UCUGCCGACUACGCCAUCACUCAGAGCUUUCACAGGCAAUGACCCGGAUUACAGUGCGAGAGACUUAUCCUGCAAUGCCAGGAUGUUAUGAACAACUCUUUGUGUCAGAACCGGGUGAUAAAAUCUCCUUCAUUAGGUCCAGAUUAAAGCCCGGGACAGAACCAUCAGCUCUUGUGUACACCAGCGCGUUCAUGGAACCACAACACACCAAAGAUUAUGCCCAGGUUCGGUCACAUUUUUUGAAGUCUUUUGGGGAAGGUGUUAGGCACAGCCUCGUCCAAGGUGUUAAUGUGACCAAGUUGAUUUCAGCUGUGGAGAGUAAAGGGCUUUUAGCCGGACAAGUAGACGCCUAUUGGUUGUCUACUGAUAUGGGCGUCUAUCUCAAAGCUGGUGGCUGGACUGAGGGAGGGAAUAUGUCUCUCUCCAAUGUUCUCAAAUUUUUUGAAUUUUUUGUAUACAUGGCUGCCAUCAAGGGCCAGUUUGGAAAAGGUUCUUUAUCCCCCGCUGACAAGUUGCACGACUUCAUGCUUAAAAUAAAAACUAAGAUGGAGGAGAAAGACGGAGCACCCGCUGUAGCCUCUGUCGACCAGAAGGCCACUAAUGUUAGCGCGUCGUCAUCAGUGGUGGCGGCCACCACCGAAAAGCCUAAGCGCCACUGUUCGUACUGUCGGCGCGACGGUCAUACGGUUGACUGUUGUCUAAAACAUCAGCGGGAUCGCAAGGCUACUAGGGAGAAGGGAGGCUCGCCGAUGUCAGGCAAAUCUGCUUCUCAGAAGACCCCGGCCGCUACAAAAAGUCCACCCGCGGGCUACCACACUGGCAAGUUCUGUUUUGUCCACGGUGCUGGUGGACACACCACAGAGGAGUGUUUCUCUGUGCUCCAGUUAAAGAAAGAGCGAGCAGGAAAGUUCGUGAAGGGGUCGGGGGAAGCCGAGCGCCCCCCCAAAACCGACCCAGGGUAG